AUGUGUCUAGUCUGUGCCGGAUGUAAAGUAUUAUCUACCAUACGAGCAUAUUGUACUGGAUUCAUGCCUAAUAUUACCGUAAUCAUUGCGCCAAAAUCGGCGUUGUCCUCUCCCACUUGUUCGACAGCUUCUUCCACUUCGGAUAUUGCUGUUCAUCGGAGUAUCCCGGAGAUCUACGUGCCCAAUGAUAAAUAUAACGAGGAGACACCGAUUCGGCGGAAAAGCCAUGGGAGUCUUCGUCUUCGUAAACGUGGAGAUACGUCACGUCGUGAUGCUGUUGAAGCAGGAUUCGAGCCGAGAGACGCUGUUCCAAGAUGUCAUUCAACACAGUCAUUGAGAGAUGUUCAACGUGUUCGAUCGUAUAACAACUCACAGUUUCAGGCGAGUGAUCUUUCCCUGAACCCGAAUGGAAGUGUUCGUGCCGCCUGUGACAGUACUAGCGGAAGUGUCAUCGCCCCAACCGCCAUCGUCAACCCGGCACAACAGAUUAACAACCGUCAGAAUCACAUUCAUCCACAUCGACAGCAACAUCACAUGAGUUAUGAGAAGGAUCUAGUUCAACAUCAUCAUAUAGACGUGGAUCGUCGACGAAGCCUUCAAGCUCUGAACGGAUCAUCUGCUCUGUACCAACUUUCGAAUGGAUCACCAAAUGGAGGAGCGAGAUCUCAAUUCUCACCAUCGGAUCUUGCUGUCAACGCCCCAGUUCAUCAUGUAGGAAGUCGAGUUCGUGUGGCCAGUGUCAAUCAGAUUUGCGAUUCGAGUAGUGGACCACAGUACAGUAUCGAUCAGCGUCGAAGCGUCCACAACAUUGCAAAUCCAGUCCGAAAUUCGUUUGUGGAAGGAAUAAAAAACACGUCGACUCCGAAAAAUCAGGUUGAUUCGCUACCUGUAGACUUCCGCACUGCCACAGAGCUACUCAUGAUAUCCACGCUUCUCUGCGCGUAG